CCCGACGCAGGCGCUGACGUCGGCAGCAUGGCGGAAACCAGCUGCAACUGCCGCUCGCCUGGACCACCGCCUGCGUGCGGACCCGUCGCGAUUUUCGCGUAUUUCCACGAGCAGAAACCCGCUAAAUUUGCCGCUUGAAUUGCGGCCAAAUCCAAAAUCGUCAUCACCGCGAUUAGUAGCUUAGUCUUGCCGACGGUUUCGUGAAGCGACACGACCGAACUCUCAGUAAGAUGAACGCGAACGUACGCGUCGCCACGUGCUUCCAGUUCGCGCUACUGAUCGCCCUCACAAGUGGUGAGUGUGGAACAUGCUUGAAUUUAUUCGAUUUCAAACCUGUCUAUUUUGUCGGAAAGUCGGAUCGUUUCUUUUUUGGGAGUAUUCAAUCUAGUGAAAUUUUCUUUAGCUUAAUCAGAAGAAGGGAAAGGAAGAAAAAGAGAAAAGAAUGGAAAGAACGUAGAGUGCAUGAUUCUCAAAAUCAGCUGCAAUUCUAUGAUUACUUUAGCGCAAUUGUAAAGCAGGGUAUUACUCAGGACUUGUAACUCUCCAAGAUUUUCAAGAUGUUUUUUCCGAGAUAUUCUCGUAACCGAGAAAUUGAUUUUUCAAACUGGUAUAUUACAUUGCGCAACUACCUAUAUACGAUUGCAAUGGUCGUAAGCAAGCGCUCUCGAACUUUCAUCGACUUUCUUAUGACCCAACAGGUGCUGACACGGAAUUUGUAAAGCAUUGUAUUCGUGGCACUAUCUAUCUCUGCUCGAACCAAGCGUUUUUCAUUCGGAAGGUAGAAAUGCAACAGAUUAAAAUACAAUCUUAAUCGAUAAGAUUAAAAUACAAUCUUACUCAUUCUUCUGCAAAAGUCAGCUAAUGUCAAAGGAGCAUCGAACCCACGCGGCUUCCGAAAGAGCCAACGAGUUAUGGUGCUAUCAAUGCGACACUAUGGAAGAUGGCGAAAAAUGCUCCAACCUUUCCGGCAAUUACAGUGUCUUCGAGCAUAAGUGCGUGGAUGACAAAAGGAUCUGCAUGGUAAAGCGGGUUUCCUAUUCGACCAGCACCGAGAACUCGACCUCGAUGCCGCAAACCUGGUCUCUAGAGAGGCACUGUACAAACAAAUGCGAGCCGGGAUGCAUCGUGAUCGGCGAGCGCACCAAACUCUACGCUUGCACCGCCUGUUGCGAGAAGAAUCUGUGCAACACCGGUACCGGCACCGCAAACGACCUAACGAUUAAAGAAAUUGAUCUUCUUCUAGCCUUCGUGUUGCAACUUGUCGUGAUCGUCAUCAUGUGUCCAUCGUGACAAUGUUAAUAAACAUUAUUAGUUUACAAGUUACUAGUUACUACAAUUGCCAGUUAUAAUUCACUCCCUGUUGCUUAUUUUCACAAACGUCUAAUAAUACUUACGAUUUAUCUCUAAUACUAAAAAGUGACGAAACGCUUUGUAUCAGAUUGUAUAAUAAGCGACUUUACAAAAAAUGGAUAGAUUUUUCAAAUGAAAGCAUUAAUCUAAAAUAACCAGCGCGCAACAACUCGAGGGACAGCAAAGACAAUGACGAUAUCAAGUAAAAUUCUUGCAUUGUAUUUAGGGAAGGUUAUAUGAAUCGGUUUGGGUUUUAUCGAAAAAGUCCGAAGUCGCUUACUGCACAACCUCGAAUAUUUUAUAAUUAAUGUAUCCGUAAAGUUUCUGAACCGAUUCAUAUUUAAGAAUGUUCACAAAAUUCGCCUUUCUGUGAACAUGCUAACAUCUCUAACAUUAAAUGUGGCUGUAAUUAGAUUAAUACGACGUUCCAACCUAUUGUUAAUUGCAUCAACUGUUUCUCCAUAUAUUUUUCUCUUUUUACAUGUAAGAAUGUUUUUAUAUAUUAGUCUGCUCUUAGAUGUAUAUUUAAUGAUAGUGUUCUUACCUAUUUAACAUUGCAGCUAAUGCCAAGAAUUAAAUUAUAUAUUUAAAAAUUCUCUGUAGAGAAUUAUUAAUUGAAAAUUGACCGAUUGUGAGUCAACGGCAAGUCGAAACGAGUGCCAUCUAUCGUUGGAUAUCGAUUUCAACUAACCGUUAGUUGCGUAUCGACUGUGCAUAAUGCGGCAUGAUAGAAUAAAUAAAAAGAUAGUUAUUAUAGUUUAUGAAAAAAGAAAGUAUUUUUGAAUAACUUUUGUGUGAUAAUACUGUCAUAUUAAAUAUUAAAUCAUUUAUAUUUCAAUAAAGAAUUUAUAUCACAAAAAGUUGAGACACACCAGCAACCAAUAAAUAGUUUUGCUCGC